CAGCGGGCCAUGGCGCGGGUGCUGAUCGUGGGCGCCGGGCUGACGGGAAGCUUGUGCGCGGCGCUGCUGAGGAGGGAGGCGUCCAGUCCUCUGCGCCUCACUGUGUGGGACAAGGCCGAGGAUUCAGGAGGAAGAAUGACUACAGCCAGCAGUCCUCAUAAUCCACAGAGCACAGUGGACUUGGGUGCCCAGUACAUCACCUGCACUCCUCAUUAUGCCAAAAUACACCAAAGUUUUUAUGAUGAAUUGUUAGCUGGUGGCAUUUUGAAGCCUCUGACCUCUCCUAUUGAUGGAAUGGUGAUAAAAGAAGGAGAUUGUAACUUUGUAGCACCUCAUGGAGUUUCUUCAAUUAGUAAACAUUACUUGAAACAAUCAGGUGCUGAUAUCUGCUUCAGACAACGUGUGACUCAGAUCAAUUUGAGAAACAACAAGUGGGAAGUCUCCAGGGAAACGGGCUCCUCUAAGCAGUUUGAUAUUGUUGUCCUCACGAUGCCCGCUCCUCAGAUUCUGCAGCUUCAAGGUGACAUCGCCAACUUAAUUAGUGAAUGCCAAAGGCAGCAACUGGAGUCUGUGAGCUACUCCUCUCGCUACGCUCUGGGCCUCUUUUAUGAAGCUGGCACGAAGAUUGAUGUCCCUUGGGCUGGGCGGUACAUCACCAGUAAUCCCUGCAUUCGCUUCAUCUCCAUUGAUAAUAAGAAACGCAAUAUAGAGUCAUCAGAAAUCGGACCUUCCCUUGUGAUUCACACCACUGUCCCAUUUGGAGUUACAUACUUGGAACACAGCAUUGAGAAUGUGCAGGAGUUAAUCUUCCAGCAGCUGGAAAACAUUUUGCCUGGUUUGCCUCAGCCAGUAGCUACCAAAUGCCAGAAAUGGAGACAUUCACAGGUUACAAAUGCUGCUGCCAACUGCCUUGGUCAAAUGACUCUUCAUCUCCAGCCUUUUCUUGUGUGUGGAGGGGAUGGAUUUACUCAGUCCAACUUUGACGGCUGCAUCACUUCUGCCUUAUGUGUUCUGGAAGCUUUAAAGAAUCAUAUUUAGUACUGCCUGUAUUCUUAUUUUUCACAUGUACUUUGGGGUUUUUGUUUUCACAAUUUUCUGUCAUUGAUUAUUUUGUUUUCUCUUUUGUUGAGAGAAAUUACUAGAAAAAUUGUUCUUUACUGAUUAUUAUUUUUCACAUGGAGUAUAAAAUCAAUUUUAUAAUUUCAGUACUUACAACUCCUACAAGAAUGAAAAAUCCUUUGUACUUUAUACUUUUCUCCACUUUUCUGAAUUGCCGUGUUUACCCACUCCUUGUUGGAGGCAAAGCAGUGCUUAAGAAAAAGCGAAGAGCUCUCCCUCCAAAUUACGUCAAAUCCAAGUAGCAGUUCAUGUUCACAGACCUUUGUUGUCCUUUUGAAAA